UACAUAUCUAUCUAUCUAUCUAUCUCUGUCUGUCUGUCUGUCUGUAAUAACGUAAUGUCUUUACAUUUAAGAGGUGCAUUUGUAGAACCCCAACAUUUCUACAAAAACCAAGGUGUAUCACAACAAUCAAUUGUGAAACUACAAUAAUAACGUUUUAAGUUUCAUUGAAAGUGGAAACCUUGGUUUACUAUCACCAAAUUAAUAUAUGAAGUCUGUAUGUUACAUCAGUUUUUCGUCACCGUAUCGCACCAGGUGGUUAUUUUAAAACAUUGGUUCGUUAGCCGUGAAAAAAUAUAUUAUUUCCCUCACACAAAAGUCUCUCUUACCUUUUCCUCAUCACAAGAUAAAGUUUUAAUGUGAAUAAACGUCUUGUUGCUGAAUGACACCGCAGAGUGAACUGUAAAGCCGUUACCUCACCUUCCCGCGUCGUGUCACACACAUAUCACGUGAAGAGCUCGUCUGUGAUUGUCCUGGUAACGGUUACCCGGUAACGAGUGUGAGGAUAAAAAGAGACUCGACGCGCACAGGUAUUUUUAAAAAGGACGACAGACCAGUCACAAGACAUUAAUAACGCAGCUAAAGUUAAAAGAUGGUUGGGCCGUUGGGCGUAAUCAAGCCUUCAUUUGGGACGGGCAGACCAGCGGGACGUCCGGCUAACAUCAGCAUUGACCAUUACUGCACCUCCUACAGACAGUCUUAUGGUAAGGAGUUAUUCCAGCCAUGUCUAGGCUAUCAUCAUGGGACAGGAUAUUCUGCCAACCACCGUCCCGUUCUGUACUACAGCUCCAGGCUGGAUGACUAUGAUAAUCCACAGUUUGGUUUCUCAUUGUUGGACAGUUUUGAGUCUCAGUCGAAGCGCCAUUACCAGCGUCUGGUUCAGCCCGACGGGACGGAGCCUUUGGCCUGCUCGGGAUCCAGACGCAGAGAGAGCGGAUAUUUGCAGCUACAAUCUCAGCCAAGACUUAGAACAGCGUCAUGUCAGACUGAAUAUAAAGGCGCUUACAUUCCUCACAGCCUUAGAGUUGUGGAUGCUUCAGAUGACCGUGUUUUAAUCGGGCAUAUUGAAGACAGUGGAUACACUGAAGGAGCCAAUCUACAGUUGCACACCUUCCUUCCUAAAUACGUCAACAUGGACGACGCUCGCAGGACUCAUGAAAGUGUGAUGAGGACUGACUUCCUUGCCGGAUCUUUUCUACAGGGUAGGAAAGCAUUUCCAAAGCUUGCCUCCCGUUCAAAUCGAGAAACUGGAUUUACAAGAGACACCGAGAGGCCUUUGACCAGUUCAACCUCAUUGCAACAUGGCAUAAGUCAGGACAACAGACAGAAGACCAGACCAAAUGUUGCUACAUUGUCCAUUGGGCCUGUGGGCUCAUCAGGAUUCGUCCUGAAUGCCCCCAACAUCACCAGACUCUCACAAACACCAGCCGACCCGCAACACUUCCUCACACACUACCAAAGCAAGUUUUAUAACAAGUCAUUAACAGAGCAGCAAAGAUCAGACUGGAUGAGAGGAGGCAUACAGAAACACAGAAAGAGCGGAUACAGUGGACGCGACACAGAUAGGUUUAAUCUUAGUGGAUAUUAAGUCCUGGCUUCAUAAUAAACCUCAAUUAUUGAUUUAAAUGCAA